AUAACAAACAGAACAAAUAAAGAAUUUGCAAAUUCAGUUUCAGGAUUUCUUUCCUGCUCAGACACAAAAUGAGAAGCAUGCAUGUUAUCCUGCAGCUAAUAUUCAUAUUAUGCAGUUUAGAGGUGUCUGCCUCACUUUCGGGAGAAAGCAGAAGCUCUUCAGAAAAAGCUUUCCACAGGGAGACAAGAGAACUGAAUGCUCCAUACCCUAUAGACUGUAAACUGACCAGCUGGAGUGAGUGGGGGCCCUGUGACCCAUGCACCAACCAAAGGUUUCGUUCUAGAAGUAUUGAAAGAUUUGGCCAGUUUGGUGGAAAAUCGUGCGUGGAGACUUUAGGAGAUACACAGAACUGUGAAAGUGACCAAGUCUGUCCUGAAGAAAUAGAACCAGACUGUGGUGCUGACUUUCAAUGCAAUUCUGGUCGAUGCAUAAAGCGACGGCUUGUGUGUAACGUGGAUAACGACUGUGGAGAUUUUUCUGAUGAAGAUAACUGUGAAUCUGAACCACGAUCACCAUGCCGUAACCAUGAUAUUGAUGUGUCUGAAGUUGGCAGGACAGCAGGGCAAGGAAUCAAUGUUUUAGGGAUGCAGCCAAUGGCCAGCCCAUUUGACAAUGAGUUUUUCAAUGGUCUUUGUGAAAGGGUGCGUGAUGGGAACACACAGACAUAUUACCGCAAGCCGUGGAAUGUUGGUGUUCUCAAUUAUGACACAAAAGCAGGCAAAACCUUCACAUCUGAGUUCUAUCGUGAUCAUCUAAAAAUGAUACGAGAGGUGUACAUGGACAAACAAAAAAGCUUCAACAUUGGCCUGUCUCUGAAAUAUAUGCCUACUUCAGAAAGUAACAAAACUGCAGGAGGAAACUUGAAGUUUUACUAUAGCAAGGGUAAAAAUUUAGGAUCUAUGUUGACUAGAUUCACAGAAAGGAACCAAACCUUUCUACAUGUAAAAGGAAAGAUUCAGCUGGGAAGAUUCCAAAUGCGGAGUCGUGAUAUCCGUCUCACAGAUACUUUCCUUGACGAUCUAAAUUUUCUGCCUGCUGAAUACGAUAAGGGGGAAUAUUUCAAAUUCCUAGAAGAUUAUGGAACUCACUAUGCAGCCUCUGGAGCUGUGGGAGGAAAAUAUGAACUUGUGUAUGUUCUGGAUAAUCAUGCUAUGUCUCGCUUAGAUAUCAGUGUAGAAGAUGUGAAGAAAUGUCUUGGCUAUCAAUUUGAUGUCAGUGUUGAAUAUGACAAGAUUAAGGGCAGUCUUGAAAUGUCUGGUGAUAUAUGCAAAAAGAUCAAAAUUCAGGAUAAAUCAGAAUAUAAAGACGAUGCUAUCAUUGAUGAUGUUAUUUCCUUAGUUGAUGGAGGGAAGGUUGAUUUUUCAGUUAAAAUAAAAGAAAUGUUACUGCGAAGAUCCAAAAUGGUUGACGUAGAAGAUUACAUAGAGUGGGCUAAGUCCUUGGUUGAUGCACCAGUUGUGAUACAGGAACGGCCUUCUCCAAUACAUACACUUGUUCCAGUUAAGAUAAGAAAUUCAUAUUUAAAGAAACAAAAUUUGGAAAGAGCAAUUGAGGACUACAUUACUGAAUAUAGUGUGUGCAAAUGUGAACCCUGUAAAAAUGGAGGCACCCUUGUACUGAUAGAUGGAGCUUGUACAUGCAUGUGCUCAAGCUACUUUAAGGGAAUUGCUUGUCAGAUUCCCAAAUCUACAAGAGUUGAAGUUGUCACUGAUGGAGGCUGGAGCUGUUGGAGUACCUGGUCCACCUGCAUCAAUGGUGAAAGCACUCGAACUCGCCAGUGUAAUAAUCCUACACCACAAGAUGGAGGCAGACCAUGCCAAGGAGAAGCCAUUGAAAAACGUCCCUGUUGAGAAGAAAAUGUUCCAAAUCAGAAAUGAUUAUUGGAUUCCAAACCAGUUCUACAAAUCACAGUUUCCAAUAGAUAGCUUGCUACCCAAGAGCAACAGAACACCGUGAAUUAAAAGCACCUGCACCUUAAAUGAUUGCUUAGCAAAACAAAGUAAUAUACCAAUAAAUAUCUUAAUGGAGAAGAGCUGA